UAGGUACGUAGGUAUGUACAUACACACGACAGCGCUUUCGCGACCCCGCAAUCAUCAAGAAGAGCUUCGAAAAACAAACAGCCAGACCUUCGAACCCCCAUACAAGGCACGACCCAUCAAUACAGCCCUUGUAAUUAUCCCUAGUUGUUCUGCUUCCAAUCUUUUAUUGCCUUCACCUGCAGCUUCCUUAUAUUAUGACCGAUAUCGAGUCCCCCGAAGUGUCCACUGAGCCUCAAGAACGGCACGUCAUCUACUGUGGCGUGUGCACCUUGCCGCCCGAGUACUGCGAAUAUGGCGGGACCGUCAGGAAGUGCCAGGAAUGGCUGCAGAAGAACCAGCCUGAGAUGUACAACAGGAUAUGGUCACCAGAAGCCCUAGAAGCCGCAACCGCAUCGCUCUCGGUCGACGCCCAGAAGCGAGCCGCCAAGGACGCGCAGAAGAAGGCCGCCAAGGCCGAGGCCGCCGAGCAGAAGCAUGCCGAUAAGCUUGCCCACAGCGUCAUCACCAUCCGGCGCAUCGAGCGAAACAAGAGGAAGUACGUGACCGCCGUCUCGGGCCUCGAGGCCUUCGGCCUGGAUCUUAAGAAGGUAUCCAAGGAUUUCGGCAAGAAGUUUGCUACUGGCUCGUCCGUCACAAAGGUGCCCAGCGGCGGCGAGGAGAUCGUCGUGCAGGGCGACGUCAGCGACGAGAUCGAGGAGUUUCUGUUGGAGAAGUACAAGGACAUACCCGAAGACCACAUCGAGUUUAUAGACGAGAAGAAGAAGAAGGCUGCGGCUGCGGCCGCGGCUGGCUAGAAGAGGAACCGUGUCACGCGGAUUCAGUUUAGAAAAUGGAGAAAAGCCUGCC